AGAGAGAGAGGCGAAGUAGCAAAGGGCAGAUGAGGAGAAGAGGGAAAGAGGAAAAAUCUCCACAUGUCUAUCUUCUUGUUCUCCAUUUAAGUGAAGUCGUAGUGUUUUCCCAGAGAAUGUCCGAGAAUGUCUAUUUCUGGGACUCUGAGCAACUAUUACGUGGACUCCAUCAUAAGUCAAGAAAGCGAUGAACUCCCGGCCCCGGCUCAUUUUCCCAACGUCCAGUUUUCCGGCUCCAGCUCGGCCGCCGCUGCAGCGGGCGGAAGACAGCCCGGCUCGGCGGCACCACCGGAGCAUCCGCUCCCCGAGUCAUAUCCGUCGUGCAGCUUCCAGCCAAAGCCCCCGCUCUUCUCAUCACCCUGGAGUCCAUUCAGUCCGCACCACCAUGGGGCGAGCGGUCUUCCGACGGUCUACCACCCGUACAUACCGACACAGCACGUCCCUUCCACGGACACUCGCUACCUCCGCUCGUGGCUGGAAUGCGCGCCGCCGCGCGGGUCCGACUGCUUCCCGGGCCAGGGUCAGAGCGGCCAGGUCAAACUGGAGCCCCAGCCCGGCCGUCCCGGCGUGGAGACCCCAAACAAAAUCGGCGGACAGAACCAGCUGGAGAGCGCUACUUACAUCCUGGAGUACCGAUCGGCGGCUCCGCCCGCCGCGAUGCCCGGUGUGGCUUUCGGAGAAAAUAACGACUCUUGCGAAGGGAGCGAAGACAAAGAGGGCCUAGAUCAAAACGACCCCUCCGCCAAUUGGUUACACGCGCGCUCCUCCAGGAAGAAACGGUGCCCGUAUACGAAAUAUCAGACGCUGGAGCUGGAGAAGGAAUUUCUGUUCAACAUGUACCUGACGCGCGACCGGCGCCAUGAGGUGGCGAGAGCGCUCAACCUGACGGAGAGGCAAGUCAAGAUCUGGUUCCAAAACCGGAGGAUGAAAAUGAAGAAACAGAGCAAGGAUCAACCCAAGGAUUAACGGGAUUUACGCGAGCGCGUGCACGCACUGAAAAUACCACACAGACGGACUUGCACGCUCAUACAGUCUACGUUGUUCGACUAUAGUAACAUAACCUGCAACCUCAAAGGAAAUAAGAAAAAAAAAAACCCCAACGCGUUACUGCUGAUUCCAUUCUAUUUUACCCACACGACCGAUCGUUUGUUUUGUUACGUGUGCUUUACGGACGAUCGCGUUUGGAAAGCAUGAUGUGUAUAUUUGCGAGUUAUCGUCUUCUCGGGAAAUUGACGGGUAUACACGGACUAUCCUCAUAGACAGAGAUGAUUUGUUUUUAGACUUGAACGGAGUAACACUCGUCCGUGCACUUUUUGUAUUUACUGUCGUGUCACUCGCGACCGGGCGCACGAGGUGCGGAAAGCAGGAAUUCGCGAGGUCACGAAUAAC